AUGAAGGGCGAAUGUGGAGUCGGGUCGCUGCGCGAGGUCACCGUCGUCGAAGCGGAAGCGGCGGCGCCAGGUGGGGGCGAGGGCGAGGACGAGGACGGCGCGGCGGACGGCGGACGGCGGACGGCGGACGGCGGACGAGCCGGCGGAAGUGACGCGCGGCCAAUGAAUAUUUCCAGUCCGACGGCUCGGCGCGCCCGCCCCGGCGCCUUCGGACGACGUGACAUCACUCAAAAGGGCUAUGAGAAGAAAAGGACCCGUCUCCUUGCACCCUACGCGCCCAAACAGGCUCAAGAAGAGGCUGUUAACAAUGCUGAGUGCAAGCCCUCUUGUGGUGAAAGGCUGUCUCUUGUGUUGCAGCUGCGCCCUCCGCCGGCCGGCAGCAGCCGCGGGCGCGCCGCACCCAGCGCCGCGUCACCCACAACGAGAAGCGCUACCACUCAGGUUACUCUAAGACCUGCGGAUAAAAGUGCACAAAAUAUUAAGUAA